GGCUAUUAUUAUUUUCCCCCAUCCCAACUUAUUCCUGGCAUGAUGGGUGACGAAAACAAUGAGGAAGACACGCGUCGUGCAUCCGUCUCCACGCGCUGACGACAAGUGCCGCCGCGCCCUAGGCGCCUAGGCCGCGCCCUCACGCUCUAUUCAGGCGCGGUCGACAGCAAGGGAAGGAAGGGCCCGAAGGAAGCCUUGGAAGGAGUGUCAGGCAGGACAACUCUACCUUCUAUGCAUGCAGACAGAAUCUCUUGUGCACCUAAUCCUAGAGAAGGAAAACCUUUAAAUUAUAAUUAUCCUCGACUUAUCUAUGGAUUAUAUCAAAAUCCAUAAUUUUGGUUCCAAACCUGUCCUGAAUUUAUACCUGAGGUAUUUCUACAUAUUUCUACUUACUCUAUGCGGAGGCUUGUGAGGCGCGGGAGGCCUUUUCGUGGAGUCCGUCCAGGCCGCAGCUCUCGGCAGAAGGCUGUAUAGCAACCCCAUGGCGGCGGACAGAGGCGGAGAUCAGGGAACAGAAAAACAUGAAGGAACAGGUAUCUCUUCUGGGAUUACUGAUCAAGAGAAGGAGCUAUCAAACAGUGCACUGCAAGCAUUUACGAUCGGAAACUAUGAUGUUUGUCUCCAACAUCUUAGCUGUUUGCAAGAAAUAAACAAGGACGACUACAAAAUAGUUUUGAAUAUGGCUGUAACAGAAUUCUGCAAAAGCAAUCAGACAACAACCGAUAAUUUGAAGCAAACACUUAACCAGCUGAAAAACCAGGUUCAUUCAGCAAUUGAGGAAAUGGAUGGCUUGGAUGAUGUUGAAAACAGCAUGCUGUAUUACAAUCAAGCUGUUAUUUUGUAUCAUCUGCGGCAGUACACAGAAGCAAUAGUAAUUGGAGAGAAGCUUUACCAAUUCAUAGAACCUUUUGAGGAGAGGUUUGCCCAGGCAGUUUGCUUUUUACUCGUGGAUCUAUACUUGCUCACUUGCCAAGCCGAGAAAGCUUUGCACCUGCUUGCUGUAUUGGAAAAAAUGAUUUCACAAGGUGGCAACAACAAAAAUGGGAGAAAUGAGACAGGUAAUAACACUAGUAAGGAAGCAUCCAAUCAUAAAGCUGAAAGCGGAACCAUUACAGAAGCUGCUAAGUCUAAAAUACAUCAGUAUAAAGUGCGAGCCUAUAUUCAGAUGAAGUCUCUAAAAGCAUGUAAGAGAGAGAUUAAGUCAGUUAUGAACACAGCUGGAAAUUCUGCUCCUUCCCUUUUUCUGAAAAGCAACUUUGAGUAUUUAAGAGGCAAUUAUCGGAAAGCAGUUAAGUUGUUGAACAGCUCUAAUAUAGCUGAACAUCCAGGAUUUAUGAAGACAGGUGAAUGCCUACGAUGUAUGUUCUGGAAUAAUCUGGGAUGCAUCCAUUUUGCCAUGGGGAAACACAAUUUAGGGAUUUUCUAUUUUAAAAAGGCUUUGCAGGAAAAUGACAAUGCCUGCGCACAGCUUGGGACAGGAGGCCCAGACCCAGGUAAAAAAUUCUCAGGAAGACCAAUGUGCACGUUACUGACCAAUAAGCGUUAUGAGUUGCUCUAUAACUGUGGCAUACAGCUUUUGCACAUUGGGAGGCCUCUCGCUGCUUUUGAAUGCCUGAUAGAAGCUGUCCAGGUUUAUCAUUCCAACCCUCGCCUCUGGCUGAGAAUAGCUGAAUGCUGCAUUGCGGCCAAUAAAGGAAGUUCAGAACAAGAAACCAAGGGCCUUCCAAGCAAAAAAGGCAUUGUGCAGUCCAUUGUAGGCCAAGGCUAUCAUCGUAAAAUCGUCUUGGCAUCCCAGUCUGUACAGAACAUUGUUUAUAAUGAUGGUCAGUCUUCAGCUAUCCCUGUAGCUAGCAUGGAGUUUGCAGCCAUUUGCCUAAGAAAUGCCUUGCUGCUUCUGCCUGAAGACCAGCAGGAGUCGAAGCAGGAAAAUGGGUCUAAAGUUGGGAACCAGUUGGGAAACAAUGAAAGCAGUGAGAACAACGAAGCUUGCAGUAAUAAAAGUCAUGAAGGAGACAAAUGUGUUCCUGCUCCACCAUCGUCUCCAUUGAGGAAGCAAGAAUUAGAAAAUUUAAGAUGUUCCAUUCUUGCGUGCAGUGCUUACGUUUCUCUGGCAUUGGGAGACAACCUCAUGGCUUUGAAUCAUGCUGAUAAACUUCUUCAACAACCCAAACUGUCAGGAUCCCUUAAAUUCCUUGGCCAUUUGUAUGCUGCAGAAGCCCUCAUUUCUCUUGACAGAAUCUCUGAUGCCAUUACUCACUUGAACCCUGAGAAUGUCACUGAUGUGUCCCUGGGGAUUUCUUCAAACGAGCAGGAUCAAGGAUCAGAUAAAGGAGAAAAUGAAGCCAUGGAAACCACUGGGAAACAGACGCCCCAGUGUUACCCCAGCUCUGUGACAUCUGCACGAACCAUGAUGCUUUUCAACCUGGGAAGUGCCUACUGCCUGAGGAGCGAGUACGACAAAGCCCGAAAGUGUCUGCACCAGGCUGCCUCCCUAAUUCAUCCGAAAGAGAUUCCACCAGAGGCAAUCUUGUUGGCUGUGUAUCUUGAACUUCAGAAUGGCAACACCCAGCUGGCUCUGCAAAUCAUCAAAAGGAACCAGCUCCUGCCUUCAGUGAAAAUGCUGUCCGAGAUGCGGAAGAAGCCCGUCUUCCAGCCAACGCACCUGGUCCAGCCCAUUCAGAUGCCAGCAUUCACCACUGUUCAGAGGAAGUGACGUUUUGUGUUGUAAACUUGUCCUCCAAGGAAAGCACUUGGAUCGUUUUGUAAUUUUAAGAACAUUGUUUCUUUUAUUUGCAUACGAGAUGUAUGGAAGUGUUGGUAUGUGUUUUUCAUUAAAAAAAGAAACCUACAAAAAUGA